AUGUCGUUGUUGCUGUUAUUUAGAUCCAGGAACGUGGAAAAGAGAGACGAGAAGGAGACAAGGAUUUGGGAAGAAAUAGUAAGGAAUAGUAAGAGGAAGGUGAAGAGAGAAAGUGACAAUGACGUUGAAGAGAGAGAGAAGAAAAGAGAGAGGGAGACAGACAGACGGGAAAGGAAAGAGAGGAGACAGUAG